GUUCGUUUCGUUCACUCCACGACGAUUGGAGAUCUCUCACCGCCUUCGCCACUGCCGCCGAUCGUGUGUGCUUUUGUGGGGUUUACUACGUGGGGGCCCCAUCGCGGCGAGCCCCAACCACCAGCACCAGCUCCGAUUAGUGUACGUUACACUCUCGGUGCGCGCGAAGGUUCGUCGCUUCACGCAGUACGGGCGGCGCUGGUUUUGGCGAAGUCGUUUUUCGACCAAACCACCCUCUCUCCUCUGGAAGGAAGUUUAUAGUCGCUGUUGGUAAUUUUGCUUGGAGCUUUUUGUUUUUCUGGUGUUGUGAGUGAUACAGAUAUUUUUGCGCGAUGGAUCUUGGUUCGCGGUUGAUAAACCUUCGAAGUGUUUAGUGUUCGCGCAUAAAGAUCGCAAUGCGCGAUUUUGCGCUGAUGGUGUAUUGAUAUUCAAUUAAAACAAGCGCAUUUUGCAGUCGCUGAUUUUUGCGAAAGUUGCAUUUUUCCCACUUUCGUUCAGUGUGGUUAUUAUGUUGCGUUUAGUUGCGUUUUUUUCUUGUUCAGGCUCUGUGUAUGAUAAAUGUAUGUGGCAGUGCAGUGACUCUUUUCUGCGGGUUUGUGUGGAGCUCAGCUGGUCCGUGUAGGCAACUGGGAUUGGACCUGUCGUCGAAGUCGUGGUAGUUGGUUGGAGUUGUACAACCUCUCAAGUCAAAGGGGAAGAGAACGUGAGAUUUGCGCGAAAGGGAAAACGUGAAAUUGGUAAAUUCAUAAUGGUUUUGCGAAAUUUUGCUCCGCAAUCGAUUGGAACGAAAGUGCCUAAUAUAGUCGUGGUGUGUGACAACUACUCUUGAGUAAUAGCAAAAAAAAAAGAUCGAGGAGAAAUGAGUUCAGCCUCAACCUGCUGAUAGGCAAAGUGUCAACCCACUCUCUGAAAAAGCUCUCCCAAGAGCUGUGGUGCAAGCCAAAACGAGACUGGCAAAGAUGUGUGAAACUUGGAAAUGACGAAGGUAAAAAAAACGAAUAUACAUGCAUAUGAGGUGACACACGGUCAGAAACUGUCUUUUUACAUAAUUCACUUUCUUAGAGGAUCGAAUCGUAAUAUUUUGGCUGGCGCGUCUGCAAGCUUCGGAAAUUGAUUUGAUUUUCGUCAGUGACAAGUGUUGAUGGGAUGCUGAUCACCCCUACACGUGCACCAACAUCGUUGCAUGUCGCGAAAGGGCUUCGACACGAAAAAACCUAGACACGAAAAGCGAAAGGGAGAGUACACAUAAAAGAGUAAAAAGUAGUGCUUUUCAUCGUUAAUUAUCGCGUUUUUUCACCACUAUACGUAUGAAGUGCAUUUUGUUUAGUAACCAUCAUCUGUUGUGCUGCUGUUGCUGUUGUUGGCUGUGCUGUUUCUGUAUGGGUGUGAGAUGCACACAAAGUGCAUCGUAAAGGGGCAGCAAGUCGAGAAAAAGUAUAUAAAGAUACAGAAAAAUAACACAAAACGGAAAACGGUUGGGCGCUGUUGACGACGACCGAAGCAAAGGAACCAAAACAAGCUCUCGUUUGAAGAAGUGACCAACAGCUUUCGCAGAUCCGUCUGUGCAUAUACAUAUGCUGGCCUACGUAACAACACGCAUCGCGAUGCACACAGGAAAGGUACACGUACAACACGUGCGUGAACAUAUUAUGCACGGUUCACCAGUUUGCCGGUAGGUGGAUGGAUCCGGUGGUAUUUUACGAACCACCCCGUCAGCAACAUCGAAACCCACCAGGACAAGAAGGUGUUGUUACAGUUGUGCGGAGACGUCAGCAGCAAGAAGUGAAGAGUCAAGUAGCACAACCCUCCAUGGGAACACCGAUCAGCAUACAAAAUCCGUUGCGGGUUGUGAUUGAGAAAACGAAGAAGAAUAAGUAGUGUGAGAAUCGUGCGGCGCGCGAGUGGCAUCCCGAAUUCAUCGUCCAGUCCAGCAGUGAUCAUCAUCUCGCUCUCUCCGCUCUUCGCGCGAUCGAACCAAGUCCCUCUUGGCCUGCGCAGUCUUCAGUCUCAGCAGCAUAUUCGUGUGAAAGCCGCGCGAUCGUCGUCGAUCGAUCAGCCGGCGCGCGGAGGAGUGAUUUGAAAUUGAAAGUGAGUCAAACGAACGACGAUCGAACGACAAACGUUGCGAGCGAGAAGAAAGAGAGCAAAAAGUCAUCGCGCAAGCAUAUCUACCUACUGAACAGAAAGAAGCCAAGUUCCAGUGGCCGAGUGCCGGAAAAAGUGACACAAUCGAAUUACCGCAUUUCUGCGCCGGCCGUUCGCGUGUCUCUCGUCGGCUCUGGACCGGCGGCGACCGUGGCGCCAUUUUUCUAGGAGUCGUGUGCAGUUUUUUUUUUCAUUUCUAUGUGUGUUUCGUUUUUCAAGUUUCGGUAGAAAAAUUGUAUAAUCGAUGGGCGAGCGAGUGAGUAAGUGAGUUAAUCAGCCGGAAAGAGACGCCGCGCGCCCCAGUGAAUGCCAUUUGACUUGCAAAUUGGGCGCUUCGGUGGCGAAAAUUAUCAUUUAGGAAUCCGGAGCCGGAGCAAAAUUAAAUCAAAACAUUCAAAAGUGCGAUAGUUUUCGGUCGUCGGAUAGCCUGGACGUUUGACCGUUCGAGGUCAUUUCCAUCAGACGGCGGAAACCCCCGGUGAAACAUGAAACUGACGAACGGACGCGUCGUAGAUAGAGACAAACCGGUGGUGUUCUGCUGAUUCGGAAGCGGUGUGGUCAUAACAGUGACGAAACAGUGUAUUCGGAAAAUUUGCUAACGCGAAGAAGAGUCCCGCAGAGCAGCAGUAGGAGAAGAUCUGCGCGCAGACGUCGAGGACCGAACGAGUUUGGGCGCCCAUGGGCAACGGAAGCAAAAAGAUGAGGCGCCGAUCUAGGAUGAAGGUUCUCAAGAUUUUGCAGUCCUUCUCGCAAGGGACAUUCAUUGCGUUUAUAUUAUCACUUCUCUACUGCGGCCACUGUAGUAUAGCGGAGCCUGGAUACUUGGACUUCGAUAACCUUCCGGAGACAAACUUCACCUGUGCCGGGAAGGUGAUCGGUGGCUACUACGCCGAUCUUGAAGCCUCGUGCCAGAUGUUCCAUGUGUGUACCAUCGGGCAGGGUGACGAACCGAUGGACAUCAAGUUCCUGUGCCUGAACGGAACGGUGUUCGACCAGGAGACGCGUGUUUGCGAACGCGUCGACGAAGUCGACUGCUCAAAGUCGGAAAGGUUCUACUACCUGAAUUUGGAGCUGUACGGCAAUACGAUCAUUCCAGCGCCGGAAGAAAGCAGCUCGGAGGAGGUCUCGAGCAGUGCCAGCAGUCCAUCGUCCACUUCGACGUCGACGACUUCAACAACGACCAGCACUACCACAUCCACAACCAAAAAGCCUACAACGACAACGCCAUCACGUAGAUUUAUCUUUAACAAUAAUAAAGGAAGUCCAAUCGUGUCCUCCACGACAUUGGCGACGCCAACGCACGGUUAUUCGACUUCCACUUCGAAACCAGCGGAAGAGGAAGAAGAAUACGAAUACGAAGACGAAGAGUACGACGAUACGAAUCCGAAGGACGAUUCGGCUGGCGCUGGACCAGCCGUCCUGCCAAGCCUAGAGGACGACGGUGGAUCCUUCUCGCCGCAACAAUUUACGUUGCAGCAGCAAACACAAAAUAGUCAACCAAAACCGGAAGAUCCGGCGAAGACCGGCUCCAAACCGGCCGUAUCCUUCCAGCAGCAACAUUUCCAAAAUGGCGGCACUCUGGCUGUGACCAAUUCGCACGUGACCGUCACAACCCAUACGACCAGUAGCGGCAGCAGUAGUAGUAGUAACACUGAUAACAAUGCAACUAGCCAAAAGAAAAAUGCUCAACCACUCACUACGAAGGAGAAACAGGCUGUAGAGCAUCAAAAGCUCCAGCAACAACAAGCCCUCCUUCAGCAACAGAUGCUAGCCAAGCAGCAUGAAGAACUGCAGAAAAAACAGCAGGAAGCUGCUGUGCAGCAACAACAGAAGGCCAUCCAACAGCAGCAGAAGCAGGUUCAACAGCACGAAUCCGAAAUCAAGAAUCACCAAGCUCAACUGCUCCUGCAUACGCAGAAGAUCAACCGCCAGCAGCAGCAGCAGAAGCCGUUCCCGAACAAAACACCGUACAACCCGUACGGAGCCAUCGCUUCUCACCAGCAGGAGCAGCAAUCGCAGGAACAGCAAGCUCAAUCACCAAAGAGGAUCCCACUGUUGGCAGCGGUGAACCCUAUCGGACCGCCGCAGCAAUCGUCAGUGGCAUCGCAACCAUCGAGCGUAUCGCAGCUGGCCCCCUUCCGACUGAGGGCACAGGGCUUCAAACUGCCCUCCCAGCAGCCAGAGGAUCGUUUCGAAGGAUACCGGAGACAGCCACCCCCGCAGGUCUCCUUGCAUCUGCCCUUUGAACAGCUGCGCCACCAGAAGGAUAUCUCCCUCCAGUUUGACCCGGAAGAGGAAGACCUCACCCAAAUUCCGAACCGCAAAGAGCUGAAACGGUCCGACCCACCUUUCCACAGUUCCAUCCAUGGUAACAAUACUCCACCCACGGUAUCGCUGAAGACAUCUGUGACGUCUGCCAACCCUGCUCAACCGACUGCCCAGCCCACAGCGCAGAUGCCAGAACCGGAUUCGGCCGCCUACCCGGACGAUCCGGUCGAGUACUACGACGAGGAUUACAGUGCCGAGCCGGCCAGCGGCAAUCCUAGCUUAGAUAGCGUUAAGUCAAACUCCAAUAGCGGCUCGGUGGUGACCCACAAACGCUCCGGAGAGAACCAACUGGGCGACCCCAAGGUUCUCACCGGUCCCAGCGGUCUACCGACCACCCAAGCGAGUAGAACUAGUAGCAUUAGCGGUAACAAUAGCUCUAAGUCUAAGAACACUAGUAGAUUUAUCAUUAACAAUGAACACCACAAAAGUCCAACAAAUCCGUACAACAGCAAUCGAGCACGCACCGGACGGCUGUACGACGGUCGGCCGUCCAGCUUGGGGGGAACACCCGCCCCGAAAGCUCGCGCUAGCUACAACCCGCAGCCAAAGGUGAUCGUCACCACCAGUACCUCGAACCGGGACAACAGCGGCCGGACGAUCAACUAUUCCAUCAGCAGUAGCAACUCGUCCCCAUCGCCGAUCGCUGCCAGCCACGCGGCUUCUAACGCCAAAUAUCGGGAGUCCCCGACGAGGGGCUACGAUGAGUACAAAGAGGAUGACGUCCUGUCGGACCCGUUCUUCCUCGAUGUACCCAAAGUGGGUGGUGGAAGCGGCAGACGGAAGCGCGACGCGUCCUCCCAACGGAAACGAAGGAAAUCUUACUUGUACAUUGUUCCUCGAUUUAUGUAGCUAUACGACAAACGCUGUAAAAACGACACAAAAAAAACAUCUCGCCCUCCCCCGAAUCAAAGAAGAGAACACUUGAAACUCUUAAAAUACUUUGAAAUUGAACAAAGCAUACAGCCACACUUCGAUUUUUUUCGAUUUCGGUAUUAGAAUAAUGAUAAAAUUCAGCAAAGUUCAGUAAAACUGCACCGAACAUUUGUAACGUUCUAUUGAAAUUUUAACACCGAAGUCGACGAUUUUUUGUCGUGUGUUCCGACUCUAGUUUUAAUGUAGGCAAAAGUAAUUUCGUUAAAAUAUUUUCUCUGUAAAUAUUAUCUAAUAUUUUCGCCAAAACAAAUCCAAGCGAUAUGAAUCAAUACUCAUCUAAUAUAUACAUUUUACUCUUAUUAUUUUUAAAAGCAUAAACUUGUACAUUGAGCGCGAAAAAUCAUAAAAAUGUGAAAAACUUUGCAUAAAUUUCGGACAAAUUGGAUUAGCGUUAGAGAAUACUUGUAAUUAUAAAAAAUCACCUUUGAAUCGUAAUCUAUUGUAGCUAAUUUAAUACUUUCCUUAGCAAGCUAAGCAUGUGUAAGUUCUGUACAGAGAAAAUAUGCAAUAUUUUUUAAGAAAAACAAACAAACAGCAAUGUGUAUGAACAAGUUAUGGCCUAUUGACGACGGUGGUGAGCAAACCAUCAAAAGCACCACAACAGAAGGAACAAUCAGGACAUGGAUUUUACCGAUAUCAUGAAGGUUGUACGUGUGUAAAAAAAAAAUGUUAUAAACGGUUGACGAAACAAUUUGUAGUUCGGUUUUUAAGAGGAAAUAAAUCUAAUGAAAUGAAAAUGCCAAUCAAUGAAAAUGUACGG